AUGCCUCUGGAGCGUAAGACGAAGGUCUUUUUGGCAUUGGAAACGAUGGUCGUGGAAGCGAUCUUCGAGUGGCACCAUGCUGAUGGCCUGCUGUGCGCGGUGUAUGACGACCAAGGACAAUUCGAUCACGCCCUUUUCGCUGAUCCUGAGUAUACGUUCACUAAUCGCGAGGCCGCCGAACGUUGCCGCCGCGAAAAAGUGAAAACAAGAGAGCAGAAGAAAGUCAACCACGACAUCGUCAAGCUGUUCGGCCAAGGUGCGGUGCGGGUCAGGACAGGGAAGAUUUCACCGAUCGUCGCUGAGUUGGCUCUGAAUGAAUUGCACGCCGACAAUCUGGAGUUCGUGCGGCAAACGAUCGAUGCCGAUUUCGACUUGGCCGAAUCACUCGGAUUUCUGGUCAAGCAAACCCAAGAAUACUACGGCACCGAUGCCGCCGCUGCGGCAGCCGCAGCCGGCUGCUUCGUUUACCGGAUGUGUAAGAGGCCAUCGGAUGAAACGCCACCGACUGAUACGCCAGUUAUCCCAUUGAUCGAUUACGAAUUGGCGAAGCAGGCAUACGCCGAGUUCUCAGAAGACACAUUCAGCUUCGUGUUUCGCACCGGUAAGGAUGAUCCGCACUUCCGUGACUAUUUGGCGGUUAUGGCUGGCACUGAAGUCGAUUGCGAGGUUUGCGCGGCGAGCAUCCUUGCCGCCUGUCACGUCUAUCGCAUGAUCGAACUGCAAUUGGAGAAGGAACGUGAGCAAAGUCAAGGAAACGCUGAGCAAGGUUCGAAGAUGAUGAAGAGUAGCGAAAUACUACGAGCCGCUCGGAACUGCGAAUGUCCCGAGAUGUCCGACGAAGACUGCGAUCGGAUGGGUCAGGCCAUCGACGGAUGGACCGAGUCAAGUGAUCAGAUGAUCCGGGAGACCGGUUUGGACGAUCCCGCGUUCCGUAAUCUGAUUCAUACCCUCGGUCAAGACGACUCGGCCGCGGCUGCUGGUGCCAUUUAUGGUGCCUGCCUGGUCUACCGAUUCCUGGUCGUUGGGUACCACAAGGUGAAGAGCGUCACGUAUUACGACCAAGUGAAGCUGGUCGAAUUCCGCCGGGAAUUGAUCGUGCCGCCUUUCUACCCGGUGAAGGUUUCGCACGAGACGGUGUUUCCUAACCAACCGAAGCACAUUUCCAACAUGUGGAAGAAGGCCCCCGAGCCACUGGAUGGCUUGGAUGAUCCCUUCAUCGAUCGUCCGGUUGAGUUCACCGAAGCUGAACUUCGAGUGAUGGUUUAUUACUUGAAGGUGUGUGAUUUAGGCUGCGAUGAAUACACCCUAAUCGGCUCAGAUUUACACGGCCUGCAUGGUCUACCGGAUGAUCGAACUCCAGUUGAGGAAUCAAUGAACAUCGUAACAACGCAAUUCUACUUCAAUCUGAAGAACCGGGAAUUGAAGUUCCAGCGGACAUCGAACGUUGGGAUGAAUACCCGUUGCUACGUCUACGGCGAAGGUGAAGUUAUCGGGUACCACAAUGUACUCAAGAUGACGACCUACGAGCAGACGAAAUUCCUUACUUUUCACUGCGAUCUAGUCGUACCAGAGGGUUAUCCAGUCAAGAUGCCCAUCGAAUUGGUGUUCCCAAAACUACCUGCGCCAGACCCUGGGUAUGUGUGGCGUAAGGCUCCGACGCCGCCCGAAGGAUCGGACGAUCCUUUCUGCAACGAGGUUGAGUUCACACCAGAAGAGCUUCGGUCGAUCGUUUUUCACCUGAGACGGAGCGAUCUAGGCCAAGUGAUUCCGCACGAUGGAUGCGUUGAUCUCCCUCCCGGAUACACUGAAAUCGGUUUUGAUACACGCUGCUAUGUCUACGAAGACGGCAAGAUCACGGGUUAUUUUCCGACUGACCAUGUGCGAAUUGACAAGACAGGGAAGUGCCUAGUCCUGGACAAGACGAUACGAGUGCCACCUGGGUACCCUGUUCAGCGGGACGAGUCUUUUGUGUUUCGUGACCAACGUGGAUUGGGGUGGGUACCCGCUCCCGACACAUCUGAGGACUGCGAUGAUCCAUUCGUGAAGCUGGGGCUUGGUGACCUGACUGAUGGUGAGUUUGCCACGGUUGUGCGUGCAUUGGGGAUGAACCCUGACCGUCUACUCGCUGUGGUCGAUCGUAAAGGCCAGCCCUAUGGCCAUUCUGAACGGCAGCGUGACUCGCUUGACUCAACGGAGGACAUCACGCUCAAGACUCGGGUCUAUGUCUGGUACCCAGGUUUGAUCACGGGUUACUACCGCAUCAAGAAAUUGGAGGUCAUUGAGUGCUCCAAGCGAAUCCAACUUGACCUUUAUGAUUUCCGUAAGCCUAUAGGAUACCCGGUCCGUUGGAGCCAAGAACCCGACUACAUUUGGGUUCCGGAGUCUCUCAGCGACCAUGAUGACCCUUUCCUCGCACCGUCGUUCUCGGAUGCGGAACUGCGACGAAUCAUCCGGUCACUACACGCCCAACGUUGCAAUCUUCCCGUCCAUGUUGACACAGACGGUGUUCCCCAUGGCGGUGAUGAUCACGAACUGUACCUAGGCAUUCUCAGCAAACUGCAACGAAACUGCGCACUUCGAGGUAUGCCUAACUUCAUGGGGAAGUUCCAGUGGUAG